UUUUCCAUGAAAUUAUUGGGUCACUUUUUAAUGAAAGAAGCAACAAACUUUUCAAGAUACUUUCAAAAUUAAAAAUAAAAUAAAUAAAUAAAUUUUUACAAGAAGGCACAAAAUUCGUCUGGUUUAAUUUAUGGCAAUCAAUUUUCUCAAACAUCUGCUCACUCAUCAAUGGCGCCUACUGUAACUCCCCUCAUUCUCUCUCUAAAAACUCUCGAUUUCUCUCUCAAAAACCCACAAAUUCCCUUUCUCCCCUAAAAAAAUCCAUGCAAAAUUCUCAAAAAUUAAAACCCCAACUUUUUUUUAGUGAAUUUCCUGAAUUUUCAGUGAAAUUUCUGAAAUUAAAAUAGUGAAAAUAUGAGAGGAAGAAGGCAUGCGAUGAGCUGGAGAAAAGUGGCGCAGUCUUCACAAGGGUUGGCUGCGCAUGGCUUGCUUUUCACUUUCACCCUUUUGCUUGUUCUCAAGCUUGAUCAUCCUUCCUCUUUUUCUUGGUGGACUGUCUUUUUGCCCAUAUGGCUGUUCCAUGCUGUUGUUGCCCGUGGAAGGUUCUCUUUACCUGCCCCUUCAGUUCCACAUGAUCGUCAUUGGGCACCUUGUCAUGCUGUUGUGGCCGCACCAUUGAUCAUUGCAUUUGAAUUGCUCUUAUGCGUAUAUCUUGAGAGCCUUUCUGUUAAUGGUGCUGCUGCUGUGAGCCUGAAGAUUGUUUUCUUUCCUUUGUUGGCUUUUGAAACAAUUAUUCUAAUUGACAAUUUCAGAAUGUGCAGGGCUUUAAUGCCAGUAGAUGACGAAAGCUUAAAUGACGACGCAAUAUGGGAGACACUUCCACAUUUCUGGGUUGCUAUCUCCAUGGUUUUCUUUCUUGCUGCAACAUUUUUCACCGCCUUAAAAAUAUCUGGAUUUGAUGAGAAAGGAAAUCAAGUAAAAGAUAAAAAGAGCCCAGGUGACAUUGGUUCACUGGGAUGGUGGGACUUAUUUAUCAAUUUUGGUAUUGCCGAGUGUUUUGCCUUUCUUGUUUGUACAAAAUGGUCCAAUCCUAUGAUACAUACGAAUUCAUGCCCCAUGGAGAAUACUGCAUCUGUAUGUCCAGAUCAGGAUCAAAAUCAGGAGAGCCUGUGUGGUUUGCCCGAUAUUGGUGGCCAUUUUAUGAAAAUACCAAUUAUUGCUUUCCAAGUCCUCCUUUGCAUGCGCUUAGAGGGAACUCCUAGUGGUGCUAAAAAUAUCCCUUUUCCAGUUCUUUUUUCUCCGUUGUUCCUUUUACAAGGUGUUGGGGUUUUAUUUGCUAUGUCAAGACUGGUAGAGAAAAUCUAUCUCUUGCUGCGUAGUGAUGCUGGGCAAGGGCCAUAUCUUAAUUUGUCUGCAAAACUUGGUGAUUGUCUUGCAUUUAUGCAUCAUGGCUCAAGGCUAAUUGGCUGGUGGUCCAUUGAUGAGGGAAGUCAUGAAGAACGGGCAAAACUUUUGCUUGAAGGGGCCUCUAGGUACAAUACCUUCUGCCAAUUUCCACCUGAGAUUGUGAAAAAAAUGCCAAAGAAGGACUUGGCUGAGGAGGUUUGGAAAUUGCAGGCAGCUCUGGUUCAGCAGACUGAAAUAACCAAAAAUAGCCAACAAGAGUAUGAAAGAUUACAAAAUGACAAAGUUCUCUGCCGAAUAUGCUUUGAGGGAGAUAUUAGUAUUGUUCUGCUCCCCUGUAGGCAUCGGAUCCUCUGCAGUGUCUGCAGCGACAAGUGCAAAAGAUGUCCAGUUUGCCGAGUCAUUGUUGAUGACCGAUUAGUUGUAUAUGAUGUAUAGUUGCAGCUUGCUAUCGACGCUUUAUCUAUGACAAAUUUGACAUGUUUUAGGCAAAGAACAAGAUAGUCUUUUUCUAUUCUAUUUUCAUUUUUCAAUCUUUCAUACUAGUGACUGUAAAAAUAUGUCACUGAUUAAGUUAAAUUAGAGCAGCCUGUUGUAAGUGUUUUAUACUCGGUGUUUUGCUUUCAUUGAUGUAAAUAUAACGGUAGCGAGGAUCACAAGUUAUUCACUGAUCUUAAAGCUCUUUAAGGUGUUAAUGUUAAUACAACUAGGAGGAUGUAAUUCAUCAA